AUGGAUACUCCCGAGGUUGCGACGCCGACGUCUGGCGCCGCUACGCCCUUGACGGUUCCGUCAACGCCGGCCAAGCCAGAUUUCAUUCCGCUGGUCACGGUUGUUGACUUCCACCAUGCCCGCGGACCCGAGGUUGAGAUGUGGUUUGGCGCGGCCGAGGGCACCGAUCCGGCAGUCGAGUAUGACUGGGGCUUGCUGCCUUUCAUGGCGUUGAGCGACGGCGCGCAUUUAUCAAGCGAGGACUUUUCCUACUUUACGCUUCUUCGUCCGGCCACCGCCACAGGGCCUGCGACAUCCCUGUUCGGCAUAUCCUGUACACGGCAGCUCGAUGCCUCCCAGCUCCUGAACCGGCCCGCCGACGUCACGCGCUCGACGGUCCAGAAAGCCGUCGUCGUCAUCGCCGACACGCCGCAGCACUUUGGCAUGAUGCGUGAGCGUCUCAGCGUCGUCACGCAGGCCUGGUUCGCGCAGCGCGAGUUCACCGACACGGAGAUUCUCCGCCGUUUCCAGGAGAGUCUGGCCGAGGAGAAGGAGCGCGGGUUCUUGACGGAGGAGGAGAGCCGCGACCAGUACCUCGGCAUGAGCUUGCGUGAGCUGGUGCACGAGUUCAAGUCGCAGACACUGAUGCUGUUCAAAUGUUGUUUGCUGCAGCCAAAGUUUUCUCUUAUUUCUCUGAUACCCGGACUUAUCCGUAAUCUCGUCGACUGCGCCGACCCGGAGCUGAACAACUACGAGAAGAGGUUGGCGCGGCCCACGAGCUUGCGGACCAGCGAUCGCAACUCUUUGCUCACUUACAUGGGCUUGCCCCUGCAGAUUUUCGGCAAGCAACUUGACAUACUCGCCGACUUUGGCACCAAGUCAUACAUUGUGGGCAGCACGAAUUCACUCCUCCUGCAGCAGAGGGACCGCUACAGCGACAUUCUAAUUAAUCUCGACGAGCACACCGUCAACGUCACAUCCUCCUCCCUCAAGAACGCCCUGGCUCUGUCAGCCGCAGACCGCCGUUGGAUCGACUACAUUACCCAAGUAGUUAAUGACACUUGGGACGAAGCCAACCCUCAGCGUCCAAACACCAUGGGCUAUGUCGGUAGCGAGGAGUUUAUCCGCCUUCAGUUUGAAGAGUACAUACUAUCUCUCGUCUCUUCGGUGAAAUACCGCAACCACCUCCAUGCGCACCCGAAUAACCCGCGGGCGCUCCUCCCACAUAUUGAAGGCGACCCGUCCCUCGACUACGGAAACGAAUUCAUCGAAUACUGGUCCCGCACCGAAAACCAUCGCAUCUGGAACGGCAACACAGAUUCUCACCUCUUUGACGUCGUCGAGCCGCGGCACCCCUGUGCCGGCGGUCUUACGAUUGAUGACGUGCAGCGCCGCAUCGCUCAGCAGGUCCAGGACAUGCAUCUGGACGAGCGUCUCGCCGUGGGCAAGGAAGUCCUCGGACGCAACUUUGCCGUGGGCAAGGAGAAGGCGUCCAACAUGUUCAACAAAUUCUACUCUGACCUGGAAGCGCUCCGCGAGGCGCAGAGGAAACGAGCCGAGGAGCAGCGCCUGGCUCAGGAAGCUGCUACCGCGGAGGCCGAAAAGGCCGGCUCUCCCGCCGCCUCCACCGCGGCGACGGAAGGGGGAGCAGCCGCCAAGACGGCGGGGAAUUCCGGCAACAAGGCUAGUUCGUACGUGAGUUCGUGGGUCACUUGGGCGGGCGAGAAGCGCAAAGCCGGGUGGGGUGGAGGCAGCGGCAGCGGGAACAGCACCGUGACGUCGCCAACUACGAGUACCAGUGGAGGGUACGGCUGGGGCCGCGGAUGGGGCAAGUCCAAGACGGAUGCCAAUAAGGCUGGGAACGGUGACAGGGACUCUGCUUCGAUCUCGGGGUCGCGGGUGUCUACUUCGUCUGCGGGGACAGAAAUCAACGAUAAGAGGCCGCACGGGGAGAAGCACGAUUUCCAGCCGCUGACGCAGGGAUCAUACACGGAGUCGAUUCUCUCGACGGGAUCGAUUGAGUCGGAGACGCCUGCGGGUCACGCGAGGCCAGAGUCGAAGGAUGGGACUGCGCCGUCCACGGCGGUAGGAGCUUCCAAGACGACUGGUGAGGCCGAUGGUAAGUUGAAUGGCGACGAGAGCAGCACUAUUAGGACAGUGGCUUCUGAAGCCGAUGGAGAGGAGAAGAGGGGAGGUUCUGCCACCGCGGCCGCGAGUGCUUUGCCGACCAAGGCGCAACAGCCGCCACAGCAGGAAAGCGACGACGAGGAGGAGGACGAGGCGGAGGAAUCCAGGGCGACGGCGGCUGCUGCGGAGGCUGCGGCUGAGGCGGCCAAGGCUUGGGGUGAUGAUCGCCCAUGA